AUGAUUCUCCAGAAGCAAUCCGUCGCAAUGUUGUCUUUCUCCCUUCUCCUUCUCUCGUGGCUAGCCAGUGCAGCUCCAAGUCCUUACGCUUUGGCAAAACCACGUCAAGCAACCUCCUCCUACUGGGUCUCUCAGAUUCAACGCCAAGGUACUGUGGCCUUCGGGUCAGAUUCAAGCUACAAGAUCUUCCGGAAUGUCAAAGACUAUGGUGCCGUUGGUGACGGUGUAACUGAUGAUACCAACGCCAUCAACAAAGCGAUCUCUGAUGGAGGCAGAUGCGGACAAGGCUGCGACAGUUCGACCACCACCCCAGCCAUCGUCUACUUCCCCCCUGGCACAUACGCUGUGUCAGCCCCCAUCAUCCAAUACUACUACACACAACUCAUCGGUGAUGCUAUCAGUAUUCCGACCAUCAUGGCACUGCCGAGCUUCGAAGGCCUUGCAGUUAUUGAUACUGAUCCGUACAUCCCUGGCGGAAAUGGUGCUCAGUGGUACACAAACCAGAACAACUUCUAUCGUCAGAUCCGAAACUUUGUGAUUGACAUUACCCAUAUGCCGGAUAACCAAGGCGCAGGAAUACACUGGCAAGUGGCGCAGGCGACCAGCUUGCAAAACAUUGUCUUCAAUAUGUGUGCCAAAAGCCCCACCAACAAGCAACAGGGAAUCUUCAUGGACAACGGUUCGGGAGGCUUUAUGAGCGACCUCAUCUUCAACGGUGGCAACUACGGUGCAUUCCUGGGCAAUCAACAAUUCACGAGCCGAAAUUUGACCUUCAACGGUUGCAAUACUGCCGUUUUCAUGAACUGGAAUUGGUUGUGGACGUUCAAGUCUCUGUCCAUCAACGACUGUGACAUCGGCAUCGACAUGUCUAACCUGGCUGACGGUACCAAUCAAACCGUGGGCUCCAUCGUUGUCCUCGACAGCGCCAUGAGGAAUACCGGCAUCGGGAUCAAGACGUCGUACAAUCAAACGAGCGAGCCGAAAACAGGUGGCACGUUAGCUCUCCAGAAUGUGGAUUUCACCGGCACCACAGUCGCAAUCGCUGGUGCAAACGGUGUGGACCAGAUUCUCGCCGGCUCCAGUAUUGUCCAAGCAUGGGGCCAAGGCGACGCCUACCGCCCGGGGACUCAGGCCCAACGAGUCAAACGAGCGCCUCAGGGUUAUAUUAGCUCCUCGACCUCCGAUGAUUGCACGACGACCACAACGACAACCACUGUGACGGCGUCCCCCGUUCCCGCGACCAUCAGUCUUUCCGUAACCACCACCACCGUGACUGUCUCUGCAUUGCCCUCAUCGGGAACAGUCUCUGCCGCAUCCAAUUCUGGUGCAGUUGGGAACUACAGCUCACCAACUUUCAGCACGAAAGUAUGCACCGCAUCAUCAGUUGCCCUACAAUCGGCCCGAGUCCAGCAACAACUGACCGCCCCUUCGUUGCCUCCAUCUCUGCUCAAUGGAAACGCCGUAUUCGAGCGGUCGAAGCCACAGUACGAAAAUGUACCUGUUUCGUCGUUUGUCAGCGUCAAGUCUGCUGGGGCUAAAGGGGAUGGGGUCACGGACGAUACUGCUGCAAUUCAGAGCAUCUUCGACAAAGCAACGCCGGACCAGAUCAUCUACUUCGACCAUGGCGCCUAUGUCGUCACAAACACAGUGCUUGUGCCAAAGAAUAUCAGAAUCACAGGAGAAAUCUGGCCGUUGAUCAUGGCCAAGGGUAGUGCGUUCACAGACCUAAACCAUCCAAAGCCGGUGUUUCAAGUUGGAUCACCAGGUGACACCGGUGCAGUCGAAAUCACGGACCUUAUAUUUGAGACAAUGGGCGCACUUCCGGGUGCGAUCAUGAUGGAAUGGAACGUGGGGGAGACAUCUCAAGGCUCGUGCGGGAUGUGGGAUGUACACUUCCGUAUUGGUGGAACCGCCGGCACUUUGUUGCAGGAUGACACAUGCCAGGCAAACGUCACGGGAUCUUUUCAAUUCAAGCCCCAAUGUGCCGGUUCAUUCCUCAUGAUGCACAUCACACAGCAGGCGGCGGCAUACCUCGAGAACUGUUGGUUUUGGGUGGCUGACCAUGAGCUCGACCGAGCCUCGCAUAACCAGACCGAUAUCUUCAAUGGCCGAGGUCUCCUGGUUGAGAGUCAAGGUCCGGUUUGGUUGUGGGGCACGUCCUCGGAGCACAGCCAGCUGUACAAUUACCAGUUCUCCAACGCUAAAGAUAUAUUCAUGGGAGCCAUCCAGACCGAGACCGCCUACAUGCAGGCCUCACCGGAUGCCUUGAAUGGAGGAUUCCCACCAAGUCCUGCGUUCACCGAUCCAACUUUUGCGGAUUGCACCACUGAAUCCUGCAAGAAGACCUGGGGAUUGCGCAUUGUGAACUCCGACAAUGUGUAUAUGUACGGCGCUGGUCUGUACAGUUUCUUCGACAGCUAUAUUCAGACCUGUCUGGAUACCGAAUCCUGCCAGGAGAACAUGGUUGACAUCCAGUGCUCGAACAACGUGAGCUUGUUCGGCCUCACCACCAAAGCGUCGGUCAACAUGGUCAACGUCGAUGGCAAACCCGCGGCUGUCGGUCAAGACCACAUCAACGGGUUCGGACAAACACUGGUACUGUUCGAAACAUAA